AUGGGUAACAACAGCAGCUCCACAGUGGAUGACCUGCAGGCUGUCGAGAUCCACCACUGGUACAAGAAGUUCAUGACAGAGUGUCCUUCUGGACAGCUGACCGAGCAUGAAUUUAAACAGUUCUUUGGGCUUCGAGGGCUGGAUCCAGAGGCCAAUAAGUACAUUGAGCAGAUGUUCCGCACGUUUGAUAUGAACAAGGAUGGGUACAUUGACUUCAUGGAAUACGUGGCUGCUCUCAGCCUUGUUCUUCGUGGGAAGAUGGAGCAGAAAUUGCGGUGGUAUUUCAAGCUCUAUGAUGUAGAUGGCAACGGCUGCAUUGAUCGACAUGAAUUGCUCAACAUCAUUAAAGCUAUUCGAGCUAUUAAUGGUGGUGACCAUGAAACUAGUGCAGAAGAGUUCACCAACCGAGUCUUCAACAGAAUUGAUGUGAAUGGAGAUGGUGAACUUUCUCUGGAUGAAUUUGUGGAGGGAGCAAGGAAAGAUGAGGAGUUCAUGGAGGUUAUGAUGAAAAGCUUGGACCUGUCACACAUUGUGGCCAUGAUCAACAACCGUCGGCACAGUGUAUAA